CUGUGUCACUAGUGAAGUGAAAUGUGUGUGCAAAAGUAAAAAAAAUCGAUGCUAAUUAAUAAAUAAAGCACAGGUGCAGGAAUUCUUGGGAAAAUGCAUUCGAGUGAAACAGCUGGAAGGCCCCACGCGCAACUGGGAUAUUAGAGGCAACUUGAAAACUUGCACAGAAUGUUGGAGCGCCUAAAAUGUCAUAUCGUGAGUCAAACGUGAGUUCUGUUCUAUAAUCUGAGCCAACGACGGAGGAAUGGCAGCGCCCGCGCCAAUGGAAAUCGUGAGUGGCAUAGUGCUGUUGCUCUGCCUGCUUUUCAGCAGUGGUUUCUGCAUAGACUGUUUCAAGUGUGUUUCCUAUAAUGGCGCCAAUAAGGAGUGCGACGAUCCCUUUCAUAACAACUACUCCACGGCCAUACUCGAAUCGCCGUGUAUGGGCGGCCGGAAGGGUCGGGACGGACUGUUUCCGGCCACAGCCUGCAUUAAGAUUGCCGGCUACUAUGAUGAUACCGGCGAGACGAUAACAGUGCGCGGAUGUGCCUUGGAUAGCGGCACAUUGACGACAGAUACCGAAAUUAUAAGAAUGUCACAUUGUGGCAAAUUCUACUAUGAUAAUAGAUACGUACACGGUUGCCUACAGAGCUGCAGCGACGCGGACGCGUGCAACGCAGCCUCCCCCCAACAGCAACAUCGCGUGGCAAGUGCGGAAUCCCUGUUGCGACAUAUGCUCACUGCUGCUCUGCUGCUGCUGGCUGCGCGGAAUCGCCUUGACUUGACCGCCAGGUAG